ACUUCCCAUGCCGGCUAUGAUUUAAUCGCCGAUCCAAGGCUCCCUCCGAUGUUCCGUAAUCGGGUAAGCGACUCAGACCCAUGUCUGAUUCUGUUCGACUACAAUUCCCCUAUUCCCCGGCGACUCUAUCUUUUGGAUACUGAAGGUUGUAGUAGAGGGGUUAGAAAAAUCGCUCCACCACAGCAUUUGGCAGUUGAUAAUCUGGUGGGUUCUUGUAACGGGCUGUUAUGCUUAUCCUUUCGCAUAACCGUUGGUUCAUCGCUGUCUCGAAGUCUGCUAAUUUACAAUCCUUUUGUUGGAGACGCUGUGAGAGUCCCAACAGCGAACCGAUUUCUGAAGCAAAGAGAAGUUUUUGGAUUUGGGUUUCAUCCGAGGACGGAAGAAUUCAAAGUGGUCAGGAUUGUGUGCUACGAGAAUGACACCGAGGAUGAAUCAAUGGUUCAGGUGUUUACCGUAGGAACAAUAAAGUGGAGAAACAAAGGAGCUCCGCCUCCACAUCCACGGUUCACGCUCGCGGUAGAAUACAGACCACCUGAGGCUCUUGUAGAAGGAUCUCUCAAUUGGGUGAUUGUUGGUGCGAUGGAUAGAAUCUUUCGUAUUAUCUCCUUCGAGCUUGCAAAUGAGGUGUUCGUAGAAAUUCCGCACCCACCUUGUCAACGACUUGUGUCAAAUCGCUACAGUCUUUACGUGCUCAAUGGGUGUCUCUCGGCUGUUGGGUCAUUUGAAACUGGGCAUCUUGAUAUCUAGGUGAUGAAGCAAUACCAUGUUAAGGAAUCUUGGGUAAAACAAUUCUCCUAUGAUACCGAUUUUCCUGGUGCAUGGCCAAGCUUCUUAGGAAGAGUUCCCGAAGUUAUAUGCGCCUGAAGAAUGGUGAGAUUCUGUUGCGUCAUGGUGAAAGUUCUCUGGUUUCUUAUAAUCCUGUGGAAAACAGAUUCAAGACUCUUGAAAUAAGUGGGUUACCCGAUUAUUUCCAGGCACUUCCUUUUCUACCAUCUCUAUUCUCAGCAAACUGAGCAAAGGCAACCAUGAAUUUGCAACUUCAACUUUCUCUCUUGAAUCAACCCUUUUUCUGUAAGCUUCCACUACUAGUUUUUAGUUUGUGUUGAAUCUUUGAUCAUCAAUGCAUCAGUAACAGUUGUGUUAUUUACACCAUCAUGGGUGACCGCUGUGGUGGGAUGAGUCAUAAGAGUUUUAUGCGUCCUGAAGAACGGGAAGAUUGUGUUGGAGUGUAACAAGAAAGCUCUGGUUUCUUAUGAUCCUAAAACUAACAGGUUCAAGGCUCUAAAGAUCAGCUGCCUCCCAUAGCAGUUCCAAGCUUUUGCUUUCCAGCAUACUCUGUUCUCAGUGAAGGAAACCUUUAUAGUCUUCACAACUCUUCUUUUGUGUAUGAAGAUAUAAUUUUCUCUGCUUUGGUCAGGCUUCCUUUGUUUCUAUAGUGAUUAAUUAAUCAUGUAUUACAGU